GGUUCAGGAUCGCACAUGCUCAGUCGCAGUAGAUGCUCCGCUUGCUGGCUCCUCCCCGGCUUGUGAGAGGAGACGCCGGAGAGAAAUCGUGCAUCGCGUCGCAGGAGUGAGACACGGGACACCCGAGCGCGUCGCUGGAAGCGCAGAAAAGCGGAGAGCACGUCACCCUGCCCGGGCAGGCGGCAGCAUGUUCUCUUCAGUGAAACCCUUCAAGGGGCAGCAGUAUUCCUCACUAAAGCGGCAGUGCGUGCAGAGGGGGGUGCUCUUUGAGGACCCCUGCUUUCCAGCCGUCGACGAGUCCCUUUUCUACCACGGAAACCGCAUCGGGCGGGUCACCUGGAAGAGACCCAAGGAGCUGUGUGAUGACCCCCACCUGUUUGUGGAUGGAAUCAGCGCCCAUGACCUGCACCAGGGACAGCUGGGGAACUGCUGGUUUGUGGCAGCCUGCUCUAGCUUGGCCUCCAGGGAGUCACUGUGGCAGAAAGUCAUUCCAGACUGGAAGGAGCAGGAGUGGGACACGGAGAAGCCCGAGACCUAUGCUGGCAUCUUUCAUUUUCGCUUCUGGCGGUUUGGCGAAUGGGUGGAUGUGGUGAUUGAUGACCGCCUACCUACCGUGGACAACCAGCUGGUCUACUGCCACUCGGAUGACAGCAAUGAGUUCUGGAGUGCUCUUGUGGAGAAGGCCUAUGCCAAGGUGUAUGGCUGCUAUGAGGCGCUGGAUGGUGGCAACACGGCUGACGCCCUGGUGGACUUCACUGGGGGAGUGUCGGAGCCGGUGGACCUACUGGAGGGCCAGUAUGCUCAAGACGAGGCCACCCGCAACCAGCUGUUCGAGAGGGUUCUGAAGGUCCACAACCGGGACGGGCUCAUCAGCUGCUCCAUCAGGGCGACCACCGUGGAAGACAUGGAGGCACGGCUGGAGUGUGGCCUGGUGAAGGGCCAUGCCUAUGCUGUGACCGACGUGCGGAAGGUGCGCCUGGGCCAUGGCCUGCUCGCCUUCUUCAAGUCCGAGAAGCUCUGCAUGAUACGCAUGAGGAACCCCUGGGGGGAGAAGGAGUGGAGCGGGCCCUGGAGUGACAGUUCUGAAGAGUGGAAGAAGGUGAGCCGAAGUGAGCGGGAAAAGCUGGGGGUCACUGUCGAGGAUGAUGGAGAGUUCUGGAUGAACUUUGAGGACUUCUGUCAGUACUUCACGGAUCUGGUGUUGUGCCGCCUGAUCAACACCUCCUACCUGAGCAUUCAUAAGACCUGGGAGGAGGAGGUGAUGCGGGGCUCCUGGGUUCGCUGGGAUGAUCCAUUGAGGAACCGUGCUGGGGGCUGCAUCAACCACAGGACCACCUUCCUUCAGAACCCUCAGUACGUCUUUGAUGUAAAGAAGGUGGAGGAUGAGGUGCUAAUCUGCCUGCAGCAGAAGGAGCAGUGUGGCCGACCCCGAGAGGGCAAGAGGGAGAACUUGGCCAUUGGCUUCGACAUUCACCGGGUGGAGCUCAACAGGAAGUUCCGCAUGCAUUCGGCUCAGCACAAAGUGGGUGGCUCCAUCUACAUCAACUCACGCUGUGUCUUCCUGAGGAAGGAGCUGAAGGAGGGCCGUUACAUCAUUGUCCCCACAACCUUCGAGCCAGGCCAGCAGGGUGAAUUCCUGCUCCGCGUCUUCACUGAUGUGCCUUCAGACUGCAAAGAGCUGACUCUGGAUGAGCCGGCCCAAACCUGUUGGAUUGGCAUUUGCGGCUAUCCUCAGGUGGUCACGCAGGUGCACGUGCUGGGAGCCGAGGGCCUCCAGGGGCCGGAUUCUAAUGGAGCCCUGAACCCAUACGUGAUAAUCACCUGCGAGGGCGAGAAGGUGCGGUCACCGGUCUUGAAGGACACGAGAUGCCCCGACUUUGACGUCAAGGGCCUCUUCUACAGGAAGAAGCCCAAAGAAGCUAUCCAUAUAGAGAUCUUCAACAAGAAUGUGAUCAUGGAUUCUUUCCUGGGUCAGGUGACCCUCACCAGUGAGCCCAAUAACCGGCAGGAGCAGCACACGGUGAACUUGCGCGAUAGGGGCAGUCGCCAGGGCAACGCCUUGCCAGGCACGCUCACCGUCAGACUGAUCACCUGCAACGAGCUGACCAGUAUCUGAGCCUCAGUCCUGUCUUACUGAAGCCUUGCCCCGUUGUUGCUACGCCUUAUACCCCUACACACGGGACUGUGUUUUGCAACAGGCUUUACUUUGCUCUCUAAACAUAUAUUUCUCUAUAUUCUGCAUGUAUGCCAACUUUUAUACAAGGGCUAUGCAUCGUUUUGAAAGGAGUUACCCAUCAGCUGAGCAGCUAGGCGUUGUGUCCAUCAUGCAUUUGGACCCUCCCCUGUUUCAACAGACUCACUCCUGGUGUACGGUCUGGAAGCCAUUGACAUGGAAUGCCUCAGGGCAGGAGGUGGUUUGUAUUCCCUAGAAGAACUUCUUGCCGUACGUUUGAGAGAACCUAAUUCCCAGAAUGCAAUAGGAAGCUCUUCUGUGAUUUUCUCCAAUGCGUGAUUGACAUGUAGCAUCUAUCCUAACAACAUGUGUACAUAUGUGUAUAUAUACAAACAUUUUUUUCCACUUGAAGACGUUGAUCCAUGUGCCACUCUUACAGCAAAGUACGUUGUGGGACCAAAGACGGCAAUGUUUUGAUCGUCCAAUUAAGGCCUUGCAAUCCUUAGACGUCCAAUGAAGGCCUUGCAAUGCUUUGACCAUCCAAGGAUGGACGUUUGAUACUUUUACCAUCUAGUAAUGCCCGUUCCGUGUUUAGAUCUUCCAACAAUGGUCAUGCAGUACUCUCUGUGAGAUACAGAUUAGGGAACAGUUAGCCUUGGACACAGGUGACAGUAACAUGUAUGUGCUAGUAAGUGUCUAUAGAUUGGUAGAUGCUGCUAAUGUCAGACAUGCAGAGAACUUAGCAGUGCCAUAACCUUGGGGCAGAUAUGAUGAUUCCUCAGCUGCUCAACAGGAUCAAUUACUCACGGCCCAGCAGUCUCAAGAGCAACACAGAGGACACGCUUUUUUUUUCAAAGAGUAGUGCAGUUCAUCUGGGAAUUCAGCUGGAUCUCCUCUCUCUUUGUUCAUGUUUGGGCGUCUUUCUCUCUAAACACAAUGACAGCGAAUGAAAAGACGAAAAAAGUGAAAAGUGCCGAACGGAGUAUGGUGUGAUUUAUCAACGACUACUCGUAACUUGUGGGAUCAUGACUUUCUUCCCAGGGUGGAAUAUCACCCUGUGUGAGAUACAGACCAGCAUGAAGUACCAAGUUCUGGAAGACAGACCUCACUGAAAGUUAUUUAUUAUUUUUAUGUGAUUUUUUUUUUUUCUUUUUCAAUAGACCCCCGACACUUACGUUAGUGUAUGUUCCAGCGAAUCGGGAAGGAAUAGCCAAAACAGGAUUACCAAUAACGGAGCAACACUGCAUAUUUUCUUGGAAGACAUGCAAUCAACCCCAGGAAAAGUGUUUUGUAGACCGAAGCCACGGAGCAACCUUUCUGUGUUUAUUAGUACAGCUUAUUUUCUGGUUUUAGAGAAAACUGAGGAUUUUCUGAUUGUAUUUGUACAUAUAUAUGGCAUUACAGUAUACAUAAUGAUUAUGAAAAAAAUUUAAUCAUGGGAGUAAACGGUUUUAUUUCUCUGAACCUGGUUGCCAUUUAAGAGGACAAAAGUUGCAUUUAUGCCGUUCAGCAUCACUUUAUUGUAAAUCCUUUCUGUUUUAUUGGGUACUGCAGAAGAUUAUUAUUCGGGCAGCAGAUAUCAAUGUUUUGUUUUGUUUUUUUUGUUUUUUUUACAGUGUUCGGAGAUAGAUGUCUUAGUGAUGUAUUAACAUACACCUGUUUACAGUUCAGAAUUUACCAGAGUGAAUCUAUUUAUAUAUUUAUAAGUGUCAAACAAUACGGCUCGAGUUAGAUAAUAUAUCAAUGACUUUCAUAUAUGUAGCUAAUAUAGGUGAUGUUCAGUAUUUAUAACACUAUGGGGUUGGCAUUUAAUAUCCAUAUGGGAAAUGGUGCAAUAUAAAUAUUUGCAGCAUGCUUUGAGAUGCCUGCUGAGAUUGGGUUUGCUGUGCUAUGGAUUGCACAUUAUAAAACACUGUACACUGGCAUAUAUUAGUUAUUUGCAGGCCAGGGGUUACAUAAUAUGGGCUUCAAGCACGAUGCUAAGCUGAUUUACAGGAUUUGAUGCCUGUGGGAGGUGGUUGGUUUGCCAUAGGAAUUUGGGGGCUCUGGUGUUAUGUUAUGAAGAGACACAAAGGAGUUCCAUUCAGUUUAGUCCAAGGUUAUACAGCAGAGGGUGCUGGGGAGUCUGUGUGGGCUGUGUCUGUGGUGUGGAGAGUUAAGUUAGAGCUCCAUAGAAUUUCCUACCCCAUGUUUGUACUUCUGCAUACACACAUAUGAAAGGCAGUCACCCUUAACCUUCAUGCUCCACUUGCUAACUAAGACCAUGAUGGUCAGCAGCACUAUAUGAUCCAUAUUAUAUUGAUAUAACCGUUCAUGAAUCCAUGGUAUUCUAGAAUAAAAAUAAAUCAUUUGGGCUCUGGAAAGGUGGCUGUUUAAGAAAAUAUCACUGAGGCAUUUAGCACACUAAUGUCUGCUGUUGUGGUACUAAAAUACAGUCCAGCCCCACCUAAUAUUGUCAUUCGGAGUCUAUAGCACAGUCUGGCUACAAUUUACACUUCUCCUCAUUCACACAGCUAGAGUUUUCCUGAAGAAAAUCAUGCAGAGUUCCUCAGCCAAGGAAGCUCCAGGAGAUUCUCCUCCUGUGGCUGAAACCUGGGACCCUUUGGUCACCGGUACUAUUUUUAAAACAAUGCCACUAAUUCAGUCCAUAACCGUAGUGAUGGUCAAAUGAAGCUUUGUGAACCACUUGCUGAAUUUUCUGACCCCGCUAGAUGGUGCUGUCUGUUCAAAAAAGGGCUCAAAGCAUGCCUCAAAGCAAGCCAAGAGCGCCAUCUAGUGGGGUCAAAAAAAUACAGCAAAUGGUUCAUUACUACAUGAUUGCCACCUCUGGACCCUGUGGGUAAAAAUGAAUAAACAAAAUUGAUUUGCAGCCUAAAUAGACUGAGAGUAGAAUGUAGGCACGAAAGAGAUCAUUUGAGUAUGGCAAUUUAUGAUGGCGCCUAUAAGUCAGGUCUUAGCAUUUUGUCUCUGUGCUCCUAUGCUAUUCUGUGCUUUGUGGACUGUUUGGUUUCAAGUAUUUUUGUCAGGUUUGUCUCUCCCUUAUAAGAAGGGAGGUUGUAACACAGGAGAAGACUUAGUUUGAAGACUGUAGUUUGACAGGACAGCAGUGUGACGUAAAGGGAGUGCAAUGCUACAUAAAAUAUAAUAGAUGAGUAACACUCAGUGAACAGUGCAACAGCACUGAAAUAGUGCGAGGGAAGUGUGGAAAACCACUACAAUACUGUGAUAUUUGAGAAUUUAUGUUAGAACAAAUACAAGAGAUUUUUACAGCACUAGAGAUGUAUUUAAAGGAGUUGGUAUCACAAGGUGUUUACAGUCCUAAUUACUUGUGGGAAGAAGCCAUCUCUGAAGUGGGUAGGUGGAGAUGCUCCUGUUGCAUUUAGCGGCUGAUGUUCACGGAUCAGGCCAGUGAUUUCGGAGGUCAUCCAAACUGUUCUUUGUUGCAGUGUGAGGUCCCAGGUUUUCAGGUUAUCAAACCACCCUGUGAUGCAUCCUGUCAGGAUGCUCUCAAUGGUGCAUCAGUGGAAGUAUCUAAUUUCCAGUCCGAAGCUUUUUAGCUGCAGGAAGAACGGUCACUGUUUUGACUUCUUCAGGAUGCAGCUGGUCUUAAGAGACAAUGUGAGUUGGAUGCCCACAUAUCUGACUCCACUGAUUUCCACAGAUGAGCCAUUGAUAUUAAGCAGGGUGUGACUGCUUCUGUUCUUCCUGAGGUUGAAAACAAUCUCAUUUGUCUUGUGGACAUUCGAAGUGAGGUUCUCCUGGCACCAUAAGGCCAGGUCUUUUACCCAUUUUGCUUUCUUCUUUUGCCAUCAUCGCUAAUUAGACCAAUCACAGUGGUGUUGUUGCGGGUCCUUGCGGAGCACAGACUGUAUAAUAGGAGGCUGAGGAUGCACCAAUGUUCAGGGUCAGUUUGGACGAGGUUCUCUUGACCAUUCUUAUUGCCUGGGGCCCGUUAGUCAAACACACAGCCACAGAUGAAGCUGCACAGACCAAGGACUCGUGAGAUUUAACACAAGUUUUGGUGGAAUAAUGGUGUUAAAUACAGAGCUAUAAUCAAUGUGCACGGUAAAGGAGAUAGCAUUGCCUGUGGAUCUAUUAUGUCGGCAUGAAAGCUGAAAUGGAUCCAGGGUAGCCGGGCUAUGUAGGACACGUCCAGUACUUUCAGAAUCUUCAUUAUGAAGGAAGUUAAAGAUAUAUGACGGUAAUCAUUGAGCCAAGGUGUCAUCAGGGCCCCCUGGUGUAUUCAGCACCCUGCCUUGCAUGCAUCAGCUUUUAAGCCUGUUUUCCGCAUGCGUGUGUCCUCAGAGGCCCGACACCUCUGACCCUUGACCUUUGACUUGUCAGACUUUAGAAACACCUGCAGUUCAACUCUAGUGUAAAGAUGCUGACUCCAGUCGCAAGUCAAAACACAAACAUAUAUGCACUCAGAUCGUGGCACUUUGACAUGUGCAGUGUAAUGCAGACAUGAAUUUAUUUGUAAUUGAUGGUACAUGAUUCAUAAUAGGUCUCUCAUAUAUGUUCCAUGUUUUUUUUUCCUACUGGGUUAAAGGUUAUUAUAAUGGCUAUGGUAAAAUCAAGGUAACCAAAAACUGGCAGAUAAAUGGGUUUUGGGCACAAAUCCUUUUUGAUCACGACCUUCUACUGCUAUUUCCUACUUUGUCUUUCAGUUUUUUGUUCAAGGUCAGUCAAAUCACAUUCACUGUCAAUUUACUGUCAAUACCAUACCAAAGGGCCAUAUCUGUGUUUAAAGUAUGUGUUUGAUUAUCUGCAAUUAUUCAAUGACUAACAUCAUUCUGGGCCACUGUGUUUUGUACGUAUUCAACUUUAUUUAUAUAUUAUGUUAUUUCUGUAUUCAUUUUGUAUUUAAGGUAAACUUGUGGCAUGAAUUUGAAUUAAAACUUGACCUCUUUAA